AAGAAGCCAACUAGCCGGUGAAGCUGGUGAGAAGCUCUGGCGGCUGCGAGUGAACCCGGCGACAAACGCCGUUUGGAUAACCCGAGACACAACACGGCUAACUACUAAAAACGCAGAGACUUUACUAAGAUUCAAAUUAGCCGGUAAUGUUAGCCUGCUGUGUGCGCUGUUUAGCUGCAUGCUAACAAGCAGGGCAGCAGUCAGUGUGUAAAGGCUGCUUAACUAGCUACCUUUCUCUGACCUCCUUCAGUGCUUACCGACAGCUGCUCUGUAGACAACCGUUUCACCCCCAUCCGACGCUUCCAGCAGCAUUUUCAAAGCAGGUUACGCGAACAUUCAGAUGCCCAAAUAAUCAAGUGAGACCUUCAGAAAGUGCUACAGUCUAUGGCCCGCUGUCUACCACAUGGGCCUCCUUUCGCCACUGCCAAUCCGAGAACGAGCUCUGCUGUCACACCGCUAAACCCUCCGGGUGUAUCAUCGCGCCUCGUCACUUGUAGUUCCGCCGUCUUUGUUUUAUCUGUAGCUUAAAACCUGGCCCCGCUAGCUAAACAUGUCACACAAUUUCUCUAAUAAUUAUGAAGUAAAAAUGAUACGCACAAGAUUUCUGUACCCCCCAACAGACCACCAUGAUAAAAAAAUUUAUUUUUUUUUUUCUAAAAACCAUGAAGCUGGUACAUCCUCAAUACAAUUCCCGCUUGUGUGUUCCGACAUGCCGGACUAUUUGGGAGACGACCAAAGGAAGAUUAAAGAAGAGGAGAAGGAUGACUCCCCUAUUAGAGCUUUGGAUGAAGGGGACAUCGCUCUGCUCAAAACAUAUGGUCAGAGUACCUAUUCCAGACAGAUCAAACAAGUGGAAGAUGACAUACAGCAGCUGCUCAAGAAGAUAAAUGAGCUGACGGGCAUCAAGGAGUCUGACACAGGCCUGGCUCCACCCGCUCUCUGGGAUCUAGCUGCUGACAAGCAGACACUGCAGAGCGAGCAGCCGCUGCAGGUAGCAAGAUGCACAAAGAUCAUCAAUGCAGACUCUGAGGAUCCCAAAUACAUCAUCAACGUCAAACAAUUUGCCAAGUUUGUGGUGGACCUGAGUGACCAGGUGGCUCCAACUGACAUCGAGGAGGGCAUGAGAGUGGGGGUUGACAGAAACAAGUAUCAGAUCCACAUUCCUCUGCCUCCGAAAAUCGACCCCACUGUCACCAUGAUGCAGGUGGAAGAGAAGCCUGAUGUGACCUACAGUGAUGUUGGUGGAUGCAAGGAGCAGAUAGAGAAGCUGAGAGAGGUGGUCGAAACUCCGCUGCUCCAUCCUGAGAGGUUUGUCAAUCUGGGAAUCGAGCCUCCUAAAGGUGUGCUGCUAUUCGGGCCCCCCGGUACCGGAAAGACCCUGUGUGCCCGGGCUGUGGCCAACAGAACAGACGCCUGCUUCAUCAGAGUCAUCGGCUCUGAGCUGGUGCAGAAAUACGUGGGAGAGGGAGCCAGGAUGGUGCGUGAGCUCUUUGAGAUGGCCAGGACCAAAAAGGCCUGUCUGAUCUUCUUUGAUGAAAUUGAUGCUAUUGGAGGUGCUCGUUUUGAUGACGGUGCCGGUGGAGACAACGAGGUCCAAAGGACCAUGCUGGAGCUCAUCAAUCAGCUGGAUGGUUUCGACCCUCGAGGCAACAUCAAAGUGCUGAUGGCCACCAACAGGCCGGACACGCUGGACCCGGCCCUGAUGAGGCCCGGACGUCUGGAUAGGAAGAUUGAAUUCAGCCUGCCUGACCUUGAGGGUCGCACCCACAUCUUCAAGAUCCAUGCCCGCUCUAUGAGUGUGGAGAGAGACAUUCGCUUUGAGCUGCUGGCUCGCCUCUGUCCCAACAGCACCGGUGCCGAGAUCCGCAGCGUGUGCACUGAGGCAGGAAUGUUUGCCAUCAGGGCCCGCAGGAAGAUCGCCACAGAGAAAGAUUUCCUGGAAGCCGUUAACAAGGUCAUCAAAUCGUACGCCAAGUUCAGCGCCACCCCCAGAUACAUGACCUACAACUGAGUGUGUGCUUGUGUGUCUGAUUUGGCUUUGUCAAAAGAAACAGUCAAAAGGAUUUUGUUGUUGUUGUUAUUCUUGUUCACUAAAAAAUAAAAGUUAUUCCAGA